AUGGGCAAAUCUAAGAUCAGGAGACUGGGCAACGCAAUACAGAUGGGCAACUUCAAGGUUCCAGCUCUUCCCAUUACAAAUCAUUUCAUUUUUGAAAGGAAUGAUCCUGAGCCAUCUGAAAGAGAUGGCAUUACAAGGGCCCUUGCAGAAAACCUCUCAAAAGACCUUAAUGACUCUAGGCUGGUGGCAAAUCUUCCUUGCCUGGCUAAUGUCCUGAAGGACUCAGUUAAGUGGCUUCCCAAGUCUCCGAAGUUACACGGCAGUCAUAACUGGAACUCCCAGGGCUCCCACUGGGCUUCUCUGAAAGGGAAGGAGAGUGCCCAAGGCUGCAGUCUGUACAAAUUCAGCUCGGCCAGUGAAAAGUGGAAGGAAGGACGAAUCAGUCCUGAGCAAGAAGCUGAGGAGUUGGAGGAUCCCGAUGAGGAUGAGCCUAUAUCCAAAUUUUCUGGGAGUCUCUUUGACUCCAGUGACAAUAUUAGAGAAUCAAGAACUCCCAGAGUCGCUGUUCAACAGGAGAGGCAGAAACUUGCGACCAAAGCAAGGCUCUUUCCAGCGGCCAACAACAAGGGCCAGGUUUCAGCGGCGCCCAUGAACAACUUCCCAACAGAGGGCAGCAAGCCGUUGCACGAAAGCAACGACCCGCCCUCCGGCGCUGCAGAUGCAUCCCAGCCUCCCUUGAAGAUAACGAUUACUGUGUGCAGUCAAAUGGGGAGUCUUGGUAUUAGCAUUGCUGGUGGAAAGGGCUCAUCUUCAUGUAAAGAAAAUGAUGAGGGAAUCUUAAUAGCACAUGUGUCCAAAGAUGGUCCAAUUGACUUGGCUGCUGUGCAAUCUGAAGACAAACUACUGGAGGAUGCCCUUAUAUCGGAACCCAGCACACCUGAUUCUGGUCCCACUGAAACACCAUCUAAAAGUGGCCCAUUCCAGACAAUAAAUCAUGUUAUAACAAUACCACGGAUCAUCCUGACACGCCCUUCCACUUCAGAUGAAGAUGCUGACCAGCUCACACAAGACCCGGAUGAUUUUGAGCCCGAAGAGUCAGAAAAUACUGAAACUCAUCUCUAUUCAGACUGUUUAAACAAUGCUUUUUACCCUCCUUAA